CAAGUUUUCAUGUUUUUUUAUCAGCCUAUUAUUGAUUGGACAGUGUUAUUUUACUUAUUUACUUAAAUUACUUGUGUAACGUUAAUAGCCUUUGCAUAAACAAAGUUGUAAGUGUGAAAUGAAAUUUUAUGCCUAACGUUAAUGUCCAAUGACCUUUGUGUCACAUUUUCCAACACAGAUGGAGGGCUGGCACAGAGCAAAUAAUGUGGCAGGGAUCUCUGCUGUACAUAGAGUACGCCUCAGACUAGCGAUGAGAGAGCGGCUUCUUCGUGGCAUCAGUUUUGACAUCUACCCUCCACCAAGCCGGUACAUCAGAGGGCUGUACUUCACCACAUGGGAAGCAGCCAUGGCCCAUAUUGACAUGACAAUUCAGCUAUAUGGAAUGGUGUCCUCUGGAACCUACAAUGUUCGGGCACUGGGAACUCUAGUGGCAGCGCAGUACUUUGCCGACCAGGCCAGGAGGACUCAUGAGGGCAAAAACAUCCCAUCUUGCCACAAGCUUGGCCAUAUCCAAGCCCACAUGGUGGAUGAAAUGAAGAUGAGGAUGAAACCUGAACAGGUCCGUGGUUUCCCUCUGCGUAUGACCGCUAGUACACCAGUGUACCCCAGCCAGUCAGUGGAUGUCAUCCCUACCACCACUAGUGUACCAGGACAGCCAUGGAAACCACCAACAAAGUUGGAUGUCGUCGUGAUAAAAAACCAUGCUUUUGAUUCAGCUGACAGAAGCAAGGUUAACACAAAGAAACGUAAAACCCUGUCCAGUAAGUUCAACGCGCCUCUAAAAGGACAGAUUGGUGUUCGACAAUACCAUCGCACGGACAUGUCCAGAAUCUUGCCACAUAGCCGUAUUGGACUUUAAAAGGCACCCAAAGCAACUUGAGGCUGGUAUAACUGGAAAAAAAAUGAAGAAGGAAAUCUGUAUGAUAAAGGCAUUCACUGCCUCCUUUCAGCACAUUUGCGACAUUUUUCAUACUUUGGGUGGUUAGAAACAGCACAAAAACAAGCCACCAGACGAGUAUUUUAGUUAUGGGUACCACCCUAAACUCGGCUAGCUCCAUGGAGCUAAUUAUUCUCAGAUUUUUACAGCGUUCUCGCGACACAGGGACAUAAAAUUUUUACUCCUUGAAUAGCAACAUGGAAUGGGAAAGGGUUAGUUCAACUUACUAUGUGGAAAAGUGGCCCGAGAAUUAACUUUUUCAAAUUUAGUUCUACUGGUGUACUCAAGUCGCUUUGGGCUCCUUUUAAACCUAUUCUACAUGUACAUAUCACAAAAUGAGAGUGUUGUAACUGCAAGCUGUAAUGGGCUGAAAAGUCCAUAAUAAACAUUUUUAAA